UGAUGGAAGCACCUUGCGCUGGAGAUGGACGUCACAUCACCACCACCACCAGCGGCUGCCAUAGGAUUGGACCACCUUUGGGAUGGAAUAGCUCUGUGGGAACUACUGGAAAACCAUCUUACUACUUCUGAACAUUUAAAAGGACAUUUUAUUUUAUGUUGUUCAAACCUAGCCACACAAAUAAGUUACGCGAAGUAAUGGUUUUCGAUGGCCAAAGAGACUAAGUUUUUCUCUGGUUGCGAGACGGCGAGAGAGCUGUUCUAUAUCGAAGUGAAGCCACAUAUGAUUCCUUUCGAUUAGCUAACACCUAGAUAGCUGCAUAGCUUUAUUGAACUACAUUGGGAACUUGACAUUGAUUUUACAAGUGCUUUCCAACUAUCUCUUGUCUCAAUGUCGUCGGAAACGUGGUCUUGUGGAACAUGGUGGAAUGUUUUCAGUUGUGACUUUGUUGGUUCUACUCGAUUGCGUGCCUCUGCACUUGCAAAAAAGUAGUCAGCCUCCACGUAGCUUUUUGGCUAGUUAGCAGCAAGGUAAAGAAAAUAUAUUUUGUCUAUUACUAGAUUUAGUUUUUACCCGGAGUGACUCAGACCAGUCAGUCUUUAGGUGAAAGUGCUUCGAACACCUAAAAGCGAGGAUGAAAACCUAGGGAAAGAAAGGUAAACAAAAGGAUCCCUGACCAUUUGGCAGAGGUAGAUACCCCACAGUGCAGAUGGCUAGAAUUAUUGAACAAAUCUAUUGACGAGGAUAAAGAUAGAUGGUCAUUAAAAAUCGCCCACAUGCGCUCUAUCGAUCGUUGGAUUGGGGUAAGGAAUCAGAAGACGGAGAGAGACGUGCCCUUGCAGACUGAGGGAGGAUGGCGGAGCCUUUCCAUUGGAAGUAUUAAACGUAAAACUUCGAGAGUCGUCGGAUUUAUUGGUAACAUCUACCCUGACCGUAGGACACAUGCAGGCCAAAAAACGGUACUUAUUUCUGUUCUCCACGGGUGCAUGUCUCUUGCUUUUGUUCUACAUUGGAGGGGUACACGUCCCGUUAUCCAGAGAGGGCACAAGCCAGGGUGAUGAGCACCGCCACCCCAACUCGCUGUGGCCCCACAACAUGGGCCCCUUGCAGCCCUUCAGCCCCUUCGAUCAACUGGAGACCGAAGACUACAAUGUUCACAUAUCACCAAGGCAAAAGAGGGAUGUUGUGCCAGGUAUCUACACUGAGAAACGCUGCAGAAUGGAGUCCUGUUUUGAUUUCUCUAAGUGCAAAAACAACAGAUUUAAAGUUUAUGUUUACCCUCAGCAAAAGGGGGAGAAAAUUUCAGAGAGUUACCAAAAUAUUUUGUCCUCCAUUGAGGGUUCUCGGUUUUACACCUCUGACCCGGGGCAGGCUUGCCUUUUCAUCUUGAGUUUGGACACUUUGGACAGGGAUCAGCUCUCACCUCAGUAUGUUCACAACCUGAAAACAAAAAUACAAAACUUGCCUCUUUGGAAUGGUGGCAAGAACCACAUUAUCUUCAACUUGUACUCUGGGACAUGGCCUGACUACACAGAAGACUUAGGCUUUGACAUCGGCGAAGCUAUGCUCGCCAAGGCCAGCAUUAGCACGGAAAACCUCCGACCCAACUUUGAUGUGUCUAUUCCUCUUUUCUCAAAGGAACAUCCGAGGACAGGAGGGGAGAGGGGUUUUUUAAAAUAUAAUACCAUUCCCCCUUUCAGGAAGUAUAUGCUUGUAUUUAAGGGGAAACGGUACCUCACAGGAAUAGGGUCAGACACAAGGAAUGCAUUGUAUCAUGUCCAUAACUCGGAGGAUGUGGUGCUCCUCACAACAUGUAAACACGGCAAAGACUGGCAGAAGCAUAAAGAUGCCCGCUGUGACCGUGACAAUUCAGAGUAUGACAGGUACGACUACAGAGAGAUGCUGCACAACUCCACCUUCUGCCUGGUGCCCAGGGGCCGACGCCUUGGGUCUUUCCGCUUCUUGGAGGCCCUGCAGGCUGCGUGUGUCCCAGUCAUGCUCAGUAACGGCUGGGAGCUGCCCUUCUCAGAGAUCAUCGACUGGAACACCGCAGCUGUGAUCGGAGACGAGAGACUACUGCUGCAGAUCCCAUCCACAGUGCACUCCAUCCACCAGGACCGGAUCCUAUCUCUGAGACAGCAGACCCAGUUCCUGUGGGAGGCUUACUUCUCCUCUGUAGAAAGGAUAGUCCUCACCACUCUGGAGAUCCUCCAGGACAGGGUGCUGCAGCAGGCCUCCAGGAGCAGCUUGAUGUGGAACAGCCUGCCAGGAGGGCUGUUCACCUUGCCACAGUAUUCCACUUACCUGGGAGACUUCCCCUUCUACUACGCCAAGCUGGGUAUCAAGCCCCUCCCCAAGUUUACAGCGGUCAUCCACACAAUGACGCCCCUGGUCUCACAGUCCCAACCAAUCAUCAAGCUUCUUGUGGCAGUGGCCAAAUCUCAGUACUGCGCAAAGGUCAUUGUGCUGUGGAACUGUGACAAGCCCCUCCCAGCCAAACAGCGCUGGCCAGCCACCUUAGCACCUGUCGUCGUCAUAGAGGGCGAGAGCAAGGUGAUGAGCAGCCGGUUCCAACCUUAUGACACCAUCUCCACGGAUGCCGUUCUCAGUCUGGAUGAAGACACAGUCCUGUCCACCACUGAGGUGGACUUUGCUUUCACAGUGUGGCAGAGCUUCCCAGAGAGGAUUGUGGGAUACCCGGCACGUAGCCACUUCUGGGACAGCAACAAGGAGCGCUGGGGAUACACAUCCAAGUGGACCAACGACUACUCCAUGGUGCUCACCGGGGCUGCCAUCUACCACAGAUAUUACAAUCACUUGUAUACCCACUACCUACCUACUAGUCUGAAGGGCAUGGUAGACCAGCUAUCCAACUGUGAGGACAUCCUCAUGAACUUCCUGGUGUCGGCAGUCACCAAGCUACCACCCAUAAAAGUGACACAGAAGAAGCAGUACAAAGAGACAAUGAUGGGACAGUCGUCGCGAUCCUCUCGGUGGGCAGACCCAGACCACUUUGCCCAGCGGCAAACCUGCAUGAACAAGUUUGCCAGCUGGUUUGGCACCAUGCCCCUGGUCCACUCCCGCAUGAGACUGGACCCGGUGCUGUUCAAGGACCAGGUGUCCAUAUUGAGGAAGAAGUACCGCGACAUCGAGCGGCUAUAGCCCGCCUGAGCCCCCUCCCCAAAGAGGCCAAACGGGGGGUGGGUGGACUGAAGCCCAGGUGACCCUGACCAGAAGGCUGGGUCUUGGUAGGAGAUGUUAUGUGACUCUCUCAGAGAAUACUGGAUUAAGUCAAACCAGAGAAAAGAGAAGGGAAGGAUUUGAUAGGGGCUGUGGAUAGAGAAACAUACUUUUCCACACCUCUAUUUUGUCUUCCAUUCUACCCUCCAUAUGCCAACGUUGCCAGCGUCAGCAGGGACCAUCAGGAAACAGGUUGUGCGAGAAGGGGUGUGUACACACACAGAACCAUAGCUUCAUCUGACCACAGUCAUCUGGGCACGUCUACUGCAGAGACAUUUGGACAGAGGAAGACCAUGACAGACAAGGCAUCUGUGUAAAUGCUACAUAGGUCUCAUUUUGGGCAAGCCCGGUCUAUUGAUCACAAUGGACAGUUGCAGGCCCUAAGUACACACUAUGCACAAUUGCAAUCAAGAGAGAUUUGCUGAGUCUGCUAACACUAUUUUGAUGUUAGGCUAUUUUUAUACAAUGGCCAUCAACAAUGCUCUCUAAUGUCUUAAACCAUUGGAUCUGUAUUCUGCUACAAGGCUGGGAUGCAUACACAGAACUAAGAUAGGUUUCACUGUGCCUCAAGUUUGAGUGUAGUAUCUCUUCAGUCUGGGGGGGGGCUAAGUGUGAAUGAACUAGCACCUUGAUCAUGCUGCUUCUUUUCGAUUUGGUGAAAUUAUUUGUGUGUGUUUGGGGGGGGGGGUAUUAUGGGGGUUAUUAUAUAUUUUUACUGUUCUACACAGUGUUUUUCUUUGUAUCAGUUCUAUUUUUCUCCUACUUUUCACCUGUGAAAGACAGCAAUUACUUUCCAGAUGUAGUAAAUGAUCUAAGAUGGCAGUCCUUUUAUCGGGGCCAGUGAUUACCUAGCAACACACAUAUGAAUGCCACCUCACCAUCCUCCUCCCUAAUGUCAAACGAAUCUGUAUGCUUCACAUGGCUUGUGAAUUCUUUUAUUAGAGCAUUUGUGUGACACUAAGCCUACGCAGAGCAAUAUUAUAAUAUCCGAGCAUCACAGAAUUUUGGUCUGUUAAUACUGGAUCCGCCGAUAUUCUUAAAGAUGAUUUCCAUUGAUAUUUGAUAUUGAUUGAGAACCCUGAAAGUGCACAAGCCUCAAAGCCGAUGAGAUAAAAAACAGGGAGUGUAAAAUGAAGAAUGGCGAAACAGCACACAUUCCCUAAAUCUUCCUAUGUAUUUUCUGUUUUACGAACUUAGAAAUAGCAGUCCAUUAUCAACAACUUCCAUUUCCUCUGUUUUAUUCCAUACUUGAAUGUUUGCUGACCUGAGGACGGGAGAACUGUACAACAUGCCUUUUAUGAAGUAAAGUCAACCUAAGUUUUGUGAGGAACCAAAACUAUGGACAUGGGUGAUACCAGCUACUUCCUGAGUCCUUCAGAUUUCAUCUGCUGAAAAGCCCUGAUUAAUCUUCACUUCCACAAUGAACAAGUGUCAAACGAAUGGCCUUCCCAUCUUUUAGUGAAAAUAAAUAAUAUAGGUUUUAAUUCUGAUCAACCUUAAAGUAUGCCUCCUUUGGUCUUGAAAUGUACUAUCAAGUCUUUGUAAUGUUUAGUUUGAUUGAACUGGAAUGUGUAUAUGCUUUUGGAAUCAUCUCAUUUUCUUCUGAAAUUAUUCUUCAACCUCAAAUACAGCACCACUAUGAAGUCAGUAACUAACUAUUGGUUCUUUUACUUUGUCGUCCAUCAUCAGACUUGUUUUAACAUACUGUAAUAAUUAUUAUUCUUAAUAAUAGUUACUGUAAGACAAGGGUUCAUUCAUGUUUCUUGGUUUCCAUUCUUGAUUUCACAUCCUCAAUGAAGAAUGCUACGGAUUUCCAUAUAUAUCCAUUCAUGAUCAAGGAUAUUACUACCAAUAAUGUUUGUGUCUGAAUGUUACAGCGUGGGCAUGUUUGAUGAGAGUGAAUAUGAGUUAGUCUUUUCUCUGUAGUUUGAUUGUACAUAGGCAAAAGGAUUUCCGAGGAGCAAUCUCAGUAUUAUUACAACCACACACAGGGCUAUAUGUACUGUACACAGAGUGGAGGAAUAGUGUGAACUGUCAGACACAGUUACCGACUUUGCGUUUUAUUCUGGUGCAAUAUGUGGUUUGCUGAUUGGGUGUAGUUGGAGGGACAUUCUAGAUUUUCUAUGACUGCUUUCUGUUUUCCCUCUAUUGUUUUUUAAUAAUAUUAAUGUGCCUUUAGAGUCACUUGGGAUAUAUGCCUUGAUCAAAGAACAAGUCGCAAUUGUCAUGGGUAGUAUUUCUUUUUUGAUUUGUUCAAGUCCAAUAACACAUAAGUUUUAUAGUUUAACUAGUCUAACACUGGCCUACUAUGACAACUGUAACUGACAUUCCUGCCUUUAUAGGAACAUUUGGGGGCUUGUGAGACUUAAAAAAACAAAUCUACGUUGUUCACCUUUAUGGGAUAGAUUUUUUUGUCACAUCUACUUUCUGCCUGCUUCAAUGACGUUUGUGUAAUUACAGACCUAAUUUUUGUAGAGACAAAGAUGAAAAUAGGAAAAGAAAAAACCCAUUUGUAAAGCAUUUUUUUUAUAAAAAAUAAACUAUGAAUAAUG